AUGCCUGAUUUAUCUGAGUCUCAAGUUGAAAUUAUCAAAAACACCUGGAAUAUAUACUCGCCGGAUAUCAAGGGAAAUGGAUGCGAGCUAUUUGCUAAGUGGUUCGUAGAUAACCCGUCUCAUUUACCGUUUUAUAAGAAAAUCACCGGUGAAAUCAUGGGCAACCCGGAAGUCAUAAAACAGGCUACAGUUGACUUCCAGUUUAUAACUAACAUUAUCGAAAACCUCGAUAAUAAUGAUUAUUUCGAGGAUACCUUGAGUAAACUAUCGGCCAGACAUAAGCAACGUAAAAUUACAAUUGACAUGUUUGAACGAUUGGGCUUGGUGAUUAUGGGCGAGUUGAUUGAUAAAUUAGGGCCUGACCUUAUGAAUGCCGGUGCUGUUGAAGCAUGUUUUAUGAUUUAA